UUCUGUCAUUUUUGUGCGAUGACAUUAUUGUUCUCAUAAGAAAUUUUAAUAAAAUAUUGGAAAUAAUUAAAAUUGCCAUUUUAAAAUGAAUGUAAUGGAAACGACAGAACAUCUGUUAGCACUCAAAGUUAUGAGGCUGACGCAACCUACUUUAGUGAGUCCACAAAUAAUAACAUCUGAAAAUAAAGAUCUUCCCCAAGGAAUAUUUCAACAAAUACUUCAAAAUGAUGUAACAUCUGUUUCAGGAGCAGAAACUUUAGCAGCUGGACAAUUUAUGUUAUUGCCACAAAGUUUUGGCAGUAUCUAUUUGGGCGAAACGUUUUCAAGUUAUAUUUGUGUUCAUAAUUGUGCUAAUCAUCCAGUUGAUGGAGUUACAGUCAAAGCUGAUCUUCAAUCUAAUACCACUAGAAUAAGUUUACCAUUAAAUGAGAAACAAAAUACUCCGGUAACUUUAAAUACAGAACAAACUCUUGAUGAUGUGAUUCAUUAUGAAGUCAAAGAAAUUGGGACACACAUAUUAGUUUGUGAAGUUAAUUAUAUGACACCAGCUGGUUUUGCUCAAUCGUUUAGAAAAUUUUUCAAAUUUCAAGUUUUAAAACCAUUAGAUGUAAAAACAAAGUUUUAUAAUGCUGAAACUGAUGAGAUCUACCUUGAAGCUCAGAUUCAAAAUAAAACUUCUGGUCCUAUUUGUUUAGAAAAAGUUGAAUUGGAUAGUUCAGAACAAUACACAGUAACAUCUUUGAAUACACUUCCUAAUGGCGAGUCAGUUUUUACAGCAAAAAAUAUGUUGCAACCAGAAAAUAGUUGUCAAUUUUUAUAUUGUAUCAAACCUAUACCAGAAAUUGCUAAGGACAUGGCGGCACUUCGAGUUGCAAACAUAAUAGGAAAACUUGACAUUGUUUGGCGAUCGAACCUUGGCGAAAGAGGUCGUCUACAAACCAGCCAACUACAGAGAAAUCCAAUUGAAUAUUCUGAUUUGAGAUUGAAAGUGGUUGAAGCUAAGAAUAUUGUAAAAAUAGGAGAACCAUUUACAUUUAUUUGUCGUGUUAGCAAUACAACAGAACGGCCAAUGGAUUUAAGCGCUAAAUUAGAUACAAAAACACGAUUUGGAUGUGAUUAUACCGGUUCAGCUGAAUUUAAUAUUGGCCAAAUUGAUGCUGGAAAAUAUAAAGAUUUUCCAUUGACAGUUUUGCCAGCCAAAUUAGGUUUAAUUAAUAUAAGUAACUUAAUAUUAUCGAAUACAAUUCUUAAGAAACCUUACAAAUUUGAUGAUUUUGUUCAAGUUUUUGUUGUCGAUUCUGACUAUAGAGAGGAUGAAGCAUUCCAGAUGAAUAAAUUUGUAAGAUAUGAUAUAAUGCAAACGGUUAAUUAGUAUUAUUGAUGCAUUUCAAUAAAAUAAAGAAAUAAUG